AUGCCGCGUCUGCAUUAUCAGCAUGAAAUCUAUCGCUUCAUCGCGGGACCGCUUGGUCACAUAGAAGGCGUAACAGUAUCCGAGCGCGCCAAUCCAUCGCAACCGCUCCUUCACUAUUUUGGAGGCCUUCCGUAUGCUCUGCCACCCAUUGGGAAACAUCGCUUCCGCAGGCCAAGAGCACUGCCAGAUCAAUACCGAUACGGAACAAAAGCCAGCCCCGGCCGCUUCACUCGCGGCACAGCGUACUGUCCGCAACCUAGAAGGUUCGCGAACCUCGACACUGAGCUGUGGGAUGAAGACUGCUUGCAGCUGAACAUCUAUCUGCCUGCUGGAAAGAAGCGUCCGGCAAACGGAUGGCCCGUCUUCUUCUAUAUCCACGGCGGCUUCCUCCAAUGGGGUACUGCCAAUGAACCGCCGAGAGCAAUUGCUCCGCUCAUGAGCGAGACAGCAUUCGAGGCAAUAAUAGUAUCACCGUCGUACCGCCUUAACUUGUUUGGCUUCCUAUCCAGCAAGGAGUUACAAGCAGAGGCCCAAACAUCUGGCGAACAUGCUGGCAAUAUGGGCUUCUGGGACCAGCGCACCGCUUUGGAGUGGACAGCGAAGAGCAUAGAGUAUUUUGGUGGUAACCCGGGCAACAUCACCGUUGGUGGCUACUCCGCUGGAGCUCACAGUGCAUUUCACCAGCUAGCUCACGAGCUGUACUUCGUACCGGACGAUCAGGCUAUCAUUAAGCGAACGAUAUGUUGGUCGAACUCUCCGGGCGUACAGCCGCGGACUGCUUCCGACCACCAGAAGCAGUUUGACGAGCUCUUGGAAGCUCUCAAGAUACCACCUUCAUUGUCGAGCGAGGUCAAGCUCGAGCGGCUGCGAGCAGUGCCUAUCAAGCAGCUGGUCGAUAUACAGGAGAAGCUUAAAAUAUCAGAGUUCCGAGCUACUUCGGACGAGUCUUUCGUUUCGAAAACUCUCAUUGCAAAGAUCAAUAGCGGCGACUUCGCAAAGCGGAUGAAAGCGCGCAACAUCAAACUGAUGAACGGCGAGUGUAAGGAGGAGCACAAUCUUUACAGGUCUUGGAGGACGCCAGCAAACUCGUACGAUGCUGUGCGCACUCGACUCAUUGGAGACUACCCAGAAGACGUCGUUGACAAAUUGAUGCAUCACUACUGCCGUGGCACCAAGGCUCUACCACCUGCGCGCAACGACUGGCCAGACCUCUUUGGCCGCAUCUAUGCUGACAUGCAAGUACAUCACCUUGAACGUGGAUUCCAUCGUGCCUUGGAGAAUGGCGGCCUUGAGUUCGGCAAGGACGUCUUCCGCUACCGCUUUGACUGGCGCGCCGGCUGCGUGGACUCUUACUUCCCGCCUGAAUGGGGCGUGACCCAUGCAACGGACAUGGCUAUUUGGUUCUGGGGCUUGGACUACGGCGACGGCCUCUCAGACCAAGACAAAGAAGUACUCAAGACAUGGAAUCAAGGUUUCGCCGCUUUUGUGAAAGAUGAAGAUCCGCAAUGGGGCACUCAUGGCAUCAAAGACAUGAAGCGGUUGAGGAGCGACGGCAGGACGGACAUUUGGAUCGACGAGCAAUGGCAGGCCGGCUUGGAUGUUUGGGAUCUCGUCAAUGGUGGCAAUGCGGCAGGCGUUGUUGGCUGGAUCAGGUCUAAGCUGUAG